AUGAAUUUCCCAAUAUACUCAUUCCCUAACGAUUUGGUUAGCCACUUAUCCAAGGAAUACAAAUAGCCAUAAGCAGACAAUAUCAAGGAAGCAAAAAGAAACGAAUUUAAUCCCUACGUAUUUAAUGCAGGAACAGUUUGUGCUAUUGCUCAUGGUGAUUUCGUAAUUGUAGCUGGUGAUAAAAGAAUUUCUCAAGGUUACUCCAUAGUUAGCAGAGAUAUUUCAAAGUUAGCAAGAUUGACUGAUAACGUCUUUUUAGCAACUUCUGGUAUGUAUGCUGACUUUGCAGCCUUAUCUAAGUAACUCUCAGCACGUUUACAUAUGUACAAAUAUAACAAUGGUAAACAAGCAAAUAUGAGAGCUAUUGCAAGCUUGUUAUCAAGAACUCUUUACUACAAGAGAUUCUUCCCUUAUUAUACUUUCAAUCUCUUAGCUGGUUUUGAUGAUAAAGGUGAAGGUUUAGUAAUUAACUACGAUGCAGUAGGAUCUGGUGAUUUUAAAAAGUACGCCGUCUUGGGAUCUGGUGCUCAAUUAAUUACUCCAGUCUUCGAUUAGUACUUCGAAGGAUACAAUAAAAUUAAAAAGGAAUAACUUCACACUGUUGAAGAAUUCAUUAGCUUUAUUGUCGAUUGCUUUGAAUCAGCUACUGAAAGAGAUAUUUAUACAGGUGAUUAACUUGAAAUUGUCAUUCUUAGAAAAGAUAAAGCACCUGAAUAUUAAUUGUUCCCUUUAAGAAAAGAUUGA